CCGUCGGCAGAGCGAACUAAUAACGGUUUGCGAGCAACAACGUUUCGAUUUCGAGUGCGGAGUAAAUUUUCCAAGUUAAAUAGUGUUUAAAAGCCAAAAACGAGACCUGUUCGAGUCGCACCCAUAUAUUGCAAUAUUUUAAAGGAGCUGCAACGAUUCCCAGAAAUAAAUCUGUGGAAAGUGCUAGAAAAAAUUAGAGAAAAACAAAAAACAGUGACGCGAGCAACAAACAGUCAUCGAACGAUUUAUAGAAUCCAAAGCAUGAAUCUGUCAUUCGCUGGCUGCGGAUUCCUGGGCAUUUACCACGUCGGAGUGGCUGUCUGCUUCAAGAAGUAUGCCCCGCAUCUGUUGCUGGAGAAGAUCGGAGGAGCAUCGGCCGGUUCCUUGGCCGCCUGCUGUCUCCUCUGCGAUUUGCCAUUAGGCAGCAUGACCUCUGACUUCUUCAGGGUGGUGAACGAAGCACGUCGCUAUUCCCUGGGUCCUUUCAGUCCCUCCUUCAACAUCCAGACCUGUCUGCUGGAGGGUCUACAGAAGCACCUACCAGACGAUGCCCACAAGCGGGUUAAUGGACGUCUCCACAUUUCGCUGACCCGGGUUUACGAUGGCAAGAACGUGAUCAUCACGGAGUUUGAGUCGCGGGAGGAGGUUCUCCAGGCGCUGCUUUGUGCUUGUUUUAUUCCUGGAUUCUCUGGCAUCCUGCCGCCCAAAUUCCGAGGGGUUCGCUACAUGGAUGGCGCCUUCUCGGAUAACCUGCCCAUUCUGGACGAGAACACCAUCACAGUCAGUCCGUUCUGCGGCGAGAGUGAUAUUUGCCCGAGGGACCAGAGUUCGCAACUCUUCCAUCUGAAUUGGGCCAACACCAGUAUCGAGAUCUCCAGACAGAACGUCAAUCGGUUCGUGCGGAUCCUGUUCCCGCCACGUCCCGAGUUCCUGUCCAAGUUCUGCCAGCAGGGAUUCGACGAUGCCCUGCAGUUCCUGCACCGCAACAAUCUGAUCAACUGCCGGCGUUGUGUGGCAGUUCAAUCCACAUUCGUGGUCUCCGAGACCGUGGCUCAGCCCCAGGAAUUCGAUCCCGAGUGCAGGGAGUGCAAGAAGCAUAGAAAGGACGCUUUAAGCUCAAACAUGCCUAAAACUGUCCUGGAUGUAUUCCAAGACUAUAUCGAACAAGCCAAUAAGGGUCUGGCCAACUGGAUCUUCAAACAUCGAGGUAUUAAAUUGCUUUCCCUGCCCGCUACAGUGCCCAUGGACUUUCUUCUGGCCACCAUUUCAAAAAUUUCAGCAUUGACGCCGAAGCUUACCAAGCAAGCCAGAGUAAUGGUGGAGGACUUUAUUCUUCAGUUGAAUAACGCCAUGCAUAUGCGCCUGCUAAACAAAUUCACGCUUUAUGACCAGCCCCACUUUGAUGCCACAGGACUUCUGCAUUCCAGUCGCUUAUACGGACCUCGAGUAUCCAUUCUUGUGGACGAAUGUGGAGCCACUCCCCUGGAGGACGAUGUCGAUAACUUUGAGCAUGUCCUCAAGAUGACCACGCACAACGACGCUCUCUAUGCCUAUUACUACACCGACAAUAAUACGAACAAAGUGAAAGUUACCGAGAUCUUCGAUAUGACGGGGCACGACGAGCUGGCCACCGACCUGCAGAUAUACGAAGGCUCAGUCGAAGAUCACCCCAAUCCCCACCAGCACAGCCACAAUACGGUGGUCAGCGAAUGGAAUGGCGUCGAAUCAGACUUUUUCAUCGAUGCUCAGUCUCCGAAUGUGGAGGAUAGUAAAACAACAGCGCCACAAUUUUCCCGCCUGGAACUGGAUCUCGAUUCAGACAAUAGUGUGCUCAGUGAUCCCGAGGUGGACCAGACUUUCAACACCUCCAUGCGCAGCACCGAUAUGUAUAUAGAGAUUGAUUGAGACGGGAGGAAAGAAUUUGGGGGUCACAUAUUAGAAACUGUAACGAAACAUCUCCAAAGCGGCUCGUAGCAAAGCGAAAAGCCUAGUAGCGUUUCCAUUAGCCUAAUUAGUCUUAGUACGACCAACGUAUGUACCUAACUUAACUUAGCCGUAUGCUGCCAUUGUAUCAUCGCCAGUUUGUAAGAGGCAAUUAGGACAAUAAUUGCAUUCUUGUUAUUAGUCACCCCUCACACGACUUGUAUUACAUCCAAAUCCCAUAUGUGUUUAGGCUAAGUUGAUAAUGUAUAAACAAUAAAACAAUAAACAAGA